AUGGCUUCGACAUUAUCAUCCAAGAUCCAGCGAUCUGCUAUCGUGCUGUCCUCAGCCGCAGUCAGAACCCCGACACGCAGUGCGGUAUCAUCCGCCGCGGCCUUGCGCAGAGCUAUCUCCGCACCGACACGAGGACUCGUCACUUCUCAGAACCGUGUCCUCUCCGGUCAGCCGGCACCAUCAUGCAGUCUCCAAACCAAGUCAUACCUGAAAAGCCCGCGCCAAGUGCAGACGCGCUGGAAUAGCGAUGAUGCCAGCUCAACCAAACUCCAGCAAUGGGGCUUCGAAGAUAUCACCGCCGCCCUCCCAACCUCAACACCCAACUCCCCAAACCACAAGCCCAUAAUCCUCAUCGAUGUGCGCGAGCCCGCCGAGCUCAAAGGCACGGGUAUAAUCCCCUCCGCAGUGUGUAUCCCGCUAGCAUCGCAGCCAGACGCAUUGUACCUCACCCCAGACGAGUUCGAGACCCGGUUCGGGUUCGCUAAGCCUGAUCCUACGGAGAGCGAGGGCGAGCCUGCGCAGAUGGUUUUCUACUGCAAGGCUGGUGUGCGGGCUAAGACUGCGGCGCAGAUGGCUGUGCAGGCUGGAUACGACCCUGCCAAUAUUGGGGUUUAUAUGGGCAGUUGGUUGGAUUGGGAGAGGAAUGGGGGGAAGGUUGAGAAGUGGGAGGGGGAUGAUUUUUGA